AUGAGCGGUCGUGGUAAUACAACAAUGUCUUCGGCUAAAAGCAAAGGUAAAGGUAAAGACAAACAAACGACACGUAGUGGUCGUGCUGGUCUCACAUUUCCCGUUGGUCGCGUGCAUCGUUAUCUCAAACAAGGUUCCUAUGGAGAACGAAUUGGUGAAGGUGCACCAGUAUAUUUGGCUGCUGUUCUUGAAUAUUUAACUGCUGAAAUUCUUGAAUUAGCUGGAAAUGCUGCUCGAGAUAAUGAAAAAAAACGUAUCAUACCUCGACAUUUACAAUUAGCUAUUCGAAAUGACGAAGAACUUAAUAGAUUACUUGACGGUGUAACUAUUGCACAAGGUGGUGUUUUACCUAAUAUUCGUUCGGAACUUUUACCCAAAAAAGCAAAAGCUGAUGAAGAUAAUGCUGGUAGUAUGGAAUCGCAACGUGGUACACAAGGUCAUCAAAUGAUGAUGCAAUCAGGAGGAGCAAUGGCUAAUAAUGGUAUGAAGAAAAAAAGUAUGCCACCUGUUAAAAAAAGUCUUGCUCCUGCACCAUCUCAAAAAAAAUCUAAUAAACCUAAACCAAUGCAACAACAAAAGCCAUCACAACAACAGCAAAAGAAUACUACUAGCAAUGAUGAUGAUGAUGAUGAAGAUGAUGAUGACGAAUCGGACGAUGGGGAUGGUGAUACGACUGGCAAUGGUAACACCGCAACUAGUUCAAGUGCUUUAGCUACUACAACCGCCAAUGAUACAACUGCCGAUGACGACGAUGAGGAUGACGACGAAGAUUGA